AUGAAGACUGUCCAUUUCUCUUCCCAAAUACUAUUCCAGCUGUCACUAGCUAUCUUGACUCUUAUCCUUCCUGCUCAAGCAUUGAAGCGUACAGUUGGACCAGCAGAUGAUCCUCGAUUCCAGAAUGCGUCGCGUAUUUGCGAUGGUAGCGACCCGAAGAUGUUCCAAUUUGGGACUUGUUCCGUUCUUAUUUCUUGCAUAUUCAACAAUCUCGAUGAAGCAUUCAAGGCCAGCUUAGGCACUGGGACUAGUAUUGCAGCGCUUUUACCAACAAUCUUGGCUUUGAUAGGCUCACCACCUCUCGAGCUUGUCCAGCUUGCUCUAGUUUCACCACACCGUGCUCUUGCAACCUGCUGCUUUACCAUUGGCCUCCCCAGCGGUUUAUUCCGUCAAUUACGACCUCUUCACACGCAGCUUUCGAAUCCGAAUCCGCGGGAACCUCGGGUUAGAGAAUGGACAAUACCCUUGCCAUCUCUUAGUGACAAGGAGUGGCAUAAUAUCAUUGCAAAGAUUGCUAUUGAUGCGUUGAUUAUGACUCUUGCAAGCAUUAUGCUAUGGCGCAACUGA